AUGGGGAAAAGGAAACCCACAAAAUUACAAAGUUCUGCUUCGAAUAUAGCACGAACUGAAGAUAAUGAAGAACAAAAAAAAGGAAAUAAACAUGAUGCAAUAAAAAUAAAGCAAACACCAAUUAGUAAAGAAAAAAAAACAAAACAAAUUGAUGAUACAUUAAAUUUGUCAUAUGUUUAUAUAUUAUUAAAAUAUUUUUUUGAAAAUAGUGAUAUAGAAAUUUUAAAUGAUCAAUUUUAUUUACAAGAAAAUGUAUUAACAAUAACUGAAAUAUUAAUUGGGCAUAUUUUAUGGGUAUAUAAUUCUGAUAAAAAUAUAUUAUGCGGGUCGAGAAUGACCGAAUUAGAAUCCUAUAACGGUAUAAAUGAUAAAGCUUCACAUGCAUUUAACAAUAAAAAAACUAAUAGAAAUAUGCCAAUGUUUUUGAAUGGUGGAAUUAGUUAUGUGUAUUUAUGUUAUGGCAUGCAUAAUUGUCUAAAUAUUGUAACGAAUGCUGAAAAUAUUCCCGAUGCUAUUUUAAUAAGAUCAAUUGAGCCUAUAUAUAACAUUCCAUUUUUUGUUCAUAAUAAAUUUCAAGAUAUAAAAGAAAUAAAUGAUUUAUUUUUAUUUGACAAUUUUAUUAAUAAAAAAGGGAAUAACAUAAAGAAUAAUCGGAAAUCCCAAACCGACGAAAUGGAUAAUAAGAUUGAUAAGAAAAAUAGUACUAACGAAAUAAUAAAAAAAAACAUAUAUUUAGAAAGCUUACAACAAUUGCAAACAAUUUUUAAAUAUAUAAAAUAUAAACAAUUUGUCAAAGUGGGUAGUGGCCCUGGGCGUGUAACAAAAUGCAUGGGUGUUACACGAGAUGAUGAUCAAAAAAAAUUAUAUUUUGACAUAAGCAACGAUCAAAAUAGUAAAAUAAAUGUGAAAGAAGAAAACCAAGAAAUUUUGGUGAAAGAUGAAAAAAUAAAUGAUAAUAAAAUUUUGAAUAUAAAAAAAGAUGACUGUUCAGGUAAUUUUAGUAAAAACAUAGAUCAGAAAUAUUAUUUUAGCUAUAAUGUUAAUAAUUUUUUGAGUAUCAAAAAAAAAAGUCGAUUUUUUAUUUCUAUUUGCCCAACAGUUGAAGAUAUUUUAAAUUUUUAUGAAAAUUUAAACCUUGAAAAUAAUAGUGAACAAGAUUUUAUAAUAGACAUAUAUAAACAAUAUAAAAUAUAUUUAUUAAAAUAUUUUGAAUAUAUGAAAUGGAAAAAAGAUGGAGAUAUUAUUAUUCAACGAGAUAAAAGAAUAGGGGUUCCCUAUGCUCAAGAAUAUGCUUUGUAUGAAUAUCGAUUUAUUUUAAAAGACCAUCCAUCCAUAUCAGUUUUGCCCAAAUAA